ACGUGUUGAAAAGAAAAUCAUUAAAAUAUUUUUCACGAAAACUCGCGAAACGAGUUGUAUCCCUCGCGAUCGAAAAUUAUGUCUUUACGACGACAUCGUAGAAAGAAACGUUCGAGAAAAUUGAUAAAUACGCGACGUAGUAAUAAUAAUAAUAAUAGUAAUAAUAAUAAUAAUAAUAAUAAACGAGAGAUUCAUUCCCAUCUUCCAAAGCACAAAAUAAGCGAGCAUUUCUACGCGACCAGGUCGAAGAGCGUGCAAAACAUUGGCUCGAAAGUGGUGUCGAGUCAAACUGUGGUACUUUCGAAACAAUCAUCGGACAGCAGUAUAAUUUAUUUAGGCUCCUUUCGAAAAAUUCCCGAGUUAAUAAAUUUGGAAGAGAUCAACGAGUUACCAGUCGAUGAAAAAGUUCAAUCAUCUUCAAAUAUCGAGGUAAUAUCGUUAUUAAAAUUAUUUUUAUUGAGUUAACAGAUUAACGAACAAAAUUUCUUACAGAUACAAUACAACAAAAUUGAAAAUUCCUUGCAAUAAUCGAAGAAAUAUUUUCUUACAAAGUAUUUCCAUUUUCUUUUCCACUCGAAAAUCAUCAAACUGUCAUGGAUAAUGAUAUAUUAUUCUUCCACAAAAUGGAUACAAUUAAAUGCAGAUAAGUAGAGACAAGAAAUUUUCUCGAGGAAGAUACGUUCUCUAUCUCCGCCUUUCCCAACUUUCGCAUCACUCCGAGUUCUCCGAGGAACGCCGCAGUCGUGUAAGGCCUACCU